AUGAAAUUUUUUUCUUCAUCCCGUUUUUCCUUAUCUCCGGCGACAUCCGUACGUUUCCGGAGAGCCACAGCCAUCUCCGAAGCCCUGUCUGCAGAGAGGUCCGGCAACGAAGGAGGAGACCGACGACCCCUACCCCGACCGGCGACCUCCGUUCCGUGGACCCAAACCGCCGAGAUACGCACGACAAUCGCCAAUUUACGACGGCGGCAGCGAAGGGACAAGCACCUCCGACCAUCUUCAGGCGACGAACCCGCCAGACCUGCCUCUGUCCCGGCGACCCGGUUCCCAGAACCGUCAUCAGCCUCCCGACAACUGAGAAGCGGUGUCCGGCGCUUGAGUCAUCAGCCUUCCGGUGAGGGGCGAAUUUCCCGGAGGAUUCGAGUUCGGCCGUUUAAUUUGGUCCAAUAA